AUGAGCAGCAACUCACCCUCUACACCCAAAGGAAAUGACAGCAAGAGGCUCAAAAGGGAUAGCAGGAGUGUUGUGGGCCCGUCCAGAGUGAUCCACAUCCACAGGCUGCCAAGCAGUGUCACCGAAAGAGAAGUUCUCUGUCUGGCGUUGCCGUUCGGGGAGGUGUCCAAUCUACUGUUUCUGAAGAGCAAGAACCAGGCUUUAAUGGAGAUGAGCACGGAGGAGGCCGCCAACACCAUGGUCAACUACUACACCUGGGUGUCUCCUGUGCUGCGUGGGCAGCCUGUCCACAUGCAGUUCUCCCGCUACAAAGAACUCAAGGUGAGCAGAUCCCAAGACCAGGCGGGUGCCCAGCCAGGCCUGCCAGCUGAGAACUCAGAUCCGGCAGCAGAUUUGCCCUCGGCUGCCCCUGCCGCUGAUGUGGACACGGGGACAGUGGUGGCCACGCACAGCCCUGUGCUCAGGAUCCUCGUGGAGAACUACUUCUAUCGUGUGACCUUGGACGUGCUGCACCAGCUCUUCUCCAGGUUUGGCACAGUUCUAAAAAUCAUCAUAUACAGUAAGAACAGCCGGUUCCAGGUGCUGUUACAGUAUGCUGACGCACUGAGUGCCCAGCGUGCCAAGCUGUUCUUGGAUGGGCAGAACAUCUACGACGCCUGCUGCACACUGCGCAUUGCCUUCUCUGGGCUCACUGACCUCACAGUCAUGUACAACAACGACAGGAGCCGUGACUACACGCGCCCAGACUUGCCCUCGGGUGACAGCCAACCCUUGCCAGCCCUGAACAUGGCCACAGCGUUCGAUGCACCCGUCGUGGUCCCAGCUUCUCCAUAUGCAAGCACUGGGUUCCUGCAAACAUUUGCAAUUCCCCAAGCUGCAGGCUUUGCCAUCCCAGAAGUGGGUAAGGUCCUGGCACCCCUGGCCAUACCAGAAGCGGCUGUGGCAGCAGCGGCAGCUGGAGCAGAGAGCCCAGUCGUCAGCUCAGGCUUCCCAGGUGUGGCAAACGCUGUCCUUCUGGUUUCCAACCUCAACCCUGAGAAAGUCACACCCCAAAGCCUCUUUAUUCUGUUUGGUGCCUAUGGCAAUGUGCACCGGGUGAAGAUCCUGUACAGUAACAAGGAGAACGCGCUAGUGCAGAUGGCUGAUGGCGGCCAGGCUGAGCUGGCCCUGAGGCACCUGAAUGGGCACAAACUGUAUGGCAAGACUCUCUGCAUCAUACCAUCGAAGCACCAGAGCGUGAAGCUGCCCCAGGAGGGCAAGGAGGACCAGGGCCUCACCAAGGACUAUGCCAAAUCCCCGCUGCACCGCUUUAAGAAGCCCGGAUCCAAGAACUUCCAGAACAUCUUCCCACCCUCUGCCACCCUGCACCUCUCCAACCUACCCAGCUCGGUCUUGGAGGAAGACGUCAAGAAACUCUUCUCCAGCAGCGGGGGUUCUGUCAAGGCCUUCAAGUUCUUCCCAAAGGACCGCAAGAUGGCACUGAUCCGGAUGGGCUCAGUAGAAGAGGCCAUCCAGGCUCUGGUCGAGCUGCAUGGUCACACCCUAGGCCAGAACCACCACCUGCGAGUCUCCUUCUCCAGGAUCACCAUCUAG